GUUGGGCACGAGCCACUGCCUCCAACCGUGGGGAGAAACGUCCUGGGAAGGAAGGUCCUGUACCUGCCUGGCUUCUUCACCUAUGCCAGGCACAUCGUGGAGGUGGAUGGGAAGAGGGGCCUCUUCCGUGGCCUCACUCCUCGCCUCAUCUCAAGCACUUUAUCAACCAUCUCCAGGGGGAGUGUGAAGAAGGCCUUUCCACUGGAGGACAUGGAGCACGUUUCUAACAAGGAUGAUGUGAAGACCUCCCUUAGGAAAGUGGUGAAGGAGACCUCCCACGAGAUGAUGAUGCAGUGUGUGUCCCGGGUCGUGUCCCACCCCCUGCACGUCAUCUCUAUGCGCUGCAUGGUCCAGUUUGUGGGCAGGGAAGUCAAGUACAGUGGUGUGUUCAGUGCCAUCGGCAGGAUAUUUAAGGAAGAAGGGAUCCUGGGAUUCUUUGUUGGUUUAGUCCCUCACAUCCUGGGGGAUGUCAUCUUCCUCUGGUGCUGCAACCUCUUGGCUCACUUCAUCAACACCUACGCAGUGGACGAUAACUUCAGCCAGGCGUCGGUGAUCCGGAGCUACACAAAGUUCGUGAUGGGGAUCGCUGUGAGCAUGCUGACGUACCCCUUCCUUCUCGUGGGGGAUCUCAUGGCAGUGAACAACUGUGGGUUGCGUGCUGGGCUCCCCCCCUACGCCCCGGCCUUCACCUCCUGGAUCCACUGCUGGAGGUACCUCAGUGCUCAGGGGCAGCUCUUCCGUGGCUCCAGCCUGCUCUUCCGCCGGGCACCCAUGCCAGCUGCCUGCCUCCCCCUCGACUGA